CCAGAUGGUGUCAGAACCACGGAUUUUGCAAUCAGUGUCCAGUGCCUUUAAAUGUUGAUAUUACAACUGACACUUCAAAAUGUUCUAGGAUUUUUAAUCAACUUGUUCUAAAUGCCAUAAGUUGAAAAUAUCAAGUGAUUGCGAAACUAGACUAGAGACCUAUACAAUUUAGCAAUCGCGUUAUUAUAUUUAUUUAUACAAGAACACAUUUUAAUAAUAGAAAUAAUUGAUACGGCGUUUGGGGAAAAUAUCAAACAUUGGACUGGCAAAUGGUUAUUCAGCAUGCGAACUGAACUAUUGCUAUCCCAUAUAAAUGAUUUAUCUAUCUAUAUAUCUAUCUAUCUAUCCCUUCUUUUCAUCGCCAACACUCAAGGAAAAGAUCUGGUAGAAGACAUAAUAGCCGCAGGAUACAGCCUGCAGAGCCUUAAAGUAACCACGGAAGAUGGUUACAUUCUAACCAUGCACCGCAUACCGAAGAAAGAAGGCACGUCUGAAGUGGAACAAAAGCCGUCUAUUCUUCUCAUGCACGGGAUUAUGGGAACUUCGGCAGACUUUAUCAAUCAAGGUCCGAACAGUAAUCUAGGGUUCGUUUUAUCCAACGCAGGCUUCGACGUUUGGCUGGGGAAUGCUCGUGGCAAUCCCUUUUCCAGAGCUCACGAAACCCUCGACCCUGACAAGGACGCUAUCGAGUUCUUCAACUUUAGCUGGGAGGAGAUCGCCAUUUUCGACAUCCGCGCUAUGGUUGACUACAUCCUUUCUACUACUGGCGAAUCACAGACACGCUUCAUAGGAGACUCCCAAGGCGGGACUGCCUUCUUAAUUCUAAACCAUUUCAAACCCGAGUACAAUAAGAAAUUCCAGAUGGCACAACUGCUAGAUCCGGUUGGGUAUACGAAAUUCUUCCCAUCGGCGGAAUUGAAAGCCGUUGCAACUAUGAUUAUUCCUCUUUAUAAUUUGGCAAUAGGAUUGGGUAUAGGAGAGAUAUCUACACUGAAUUUGCAUAAAAAUUUAACCUAUACAGGAGUGACGCACCAAUUUGCAGUGCAGAGUAUUGUGUCGUACAUCGCAAGCUUGGGCGGCUUCACAUCCAUAGGAACUUCUCUCAAACAACUUGUUCACUAUGCUCAGAACAUCAGAGACGAAUCCUUCCGGCGUUGGGACUAUGGCCAGAACGUUAACUACCAAAUAUAUGGAACGCCCUCCCCUCCACCAUAUAACCUAACCCAUGUUACCGUUUAUACUGUAUUGUAUUAUAGGAAACAUAAUAAAUUUCUAGACAAAAAAGAUAUCGAAGCUAUGGCUAGCGAUAUGCCGAACGCAAGAGCUAUUGGGAUUAGUGGAAACGAAUUUACUCAUUUUGACAUACAAGAUAUUACAAGGACAAAAGGACUUUGAUAACCAUAGCCAAUUUACUUAUAAAUACAUUUUACUUCAUAUAACAAGAUGUUUUACGAGCAUAGAUGUAAGUAAAUUGAGGUAGAUAUGGUACCAGGCGCACGAUCGUGAGCCAUUAAAUAUAGGUUCCGGAACCUAUAUUUAGUUAGUCGUAUGGGUGACGCCAACCUGUCAAGUUGUCACAAUCGUUGGAUCAAAUUUUAAUUUUGUCAACUAUGAACGUCACACGUCUACAUAAAUAAAAGGUCAUUGUUUACGAGUAUGCUCAAAGGCAUUUUCA